AUUUAACAAGCGUUUCAACCCAAGGUCAAGGUCAGGGCCCGGCAGGUUGUUAAAUUUUCCCUAUAAUGAUUUCACUAUUACUGUGUUUUUCGGCUUAUAGAUUAACUUUCAGAGUCUCACUUUUUUAUCCUUUCGUUGGUGCUUGGACUGAAAGUGCUGUCAACAAUGAGUGUAUAUGGCUUUUAUGUGAUAAGCGAGUCUGGUUCACUUCAGUUUUACUACGACCAUUCAGAUGUUUGUGUGGACGUUGAAAAGAAGUAUGAAUUUCCGCUCCCUUUCCAUUUUAAGAUUGUUGAUGGUAGACUCAUAGUGGAUUUCGGUGCUUCUGACGAUGUUAAAAUAGGAUAUACUGUUAUAUCUGUAGAUGGUAUACCUGCAAAAGGGGUCUUACUGGAAGACAACAGGGACAUACUAAAAAUUUUUUCAGAUAAAAACAACUUCCCACUGACUGUAAAACUUGGAAGACCUCGACUACGUCCAAACGAUCGUAUUCAUCUUGCCAGCAUGUUUCAUCCAUUACACUCAAUGGCUCGACUUCUUUCGCCUAUCCCAGAUACCAAGUGUAAUUUUGUUGGACCAGUUAUUAGUGACAAGAAAACUCCACGUGUUUGGAAUUCAGGCAUUCAAACUUUAGAGACAGAGUGCUGUCGUGUGCAUUGUUUAGAGACGCAUACAGGUGUGAAAUUCUUACUUGUCACUGAUGUCAAAUUGCCAAUGGCGUCGCGUGAAGCUCUUCGUAGGGUAUAUGAAGCGUAUACAGAUUUUGUGCUGAAGAAUCCAUUCUACGCUCCAAAUCAACCAUUCAAUUAUGAAUUUUUUACAAAUCAAAUUAAAACUAUAUGUGAUCAGGUUGAAAAGGGAAUGUAUGUAUUAAAUUAGAUUUUUUUUUGUAUUUAUACAAGGCUAAUUGUAUUGUCCUACACCCUAUCAAACCAUAUCAUGUUAAUAUUUGCUAUCCUGUUUUCUGUAACAUUCUUUCUUAUCAUGAACCAUAUUUGUGCUAUACACUUGAACAUACUG